AUGUCUGGACAACAAGUUACAGUUGCGGCCGAUGCCUCUUCUACCAAGAUAUACUCUCUUAAUGCAUAUGAUAACCCAUGUGCCUUGAUUUCCUCUGUCAUCCUCACCGAAGACAACUAUCCUGAAUGGGCUACUGAGUUGAAAAACUCGCUUCAAGCAAAACAAAAACUCGGUUUCAUCGAUGGCACUGUCCUCAAACCAGCCGUUGAACCUGACCUGAGUAUGUGGCUUAAUGCAAACUCGAUGAUCGUUGGCAGGAUCCGUACCUCUAUUGAUCCAAAGAUCUGCUCUACUGUGUCGAAGCAAGUCUGGAAAGAUGAGAUCUCGGCUUGCAGACAGGAUGGCCAAUCUGUCUUGUCAUAUUACGGACGCCUCUCUAAGCUUUUGGAAGAGCUCCAGAAUUACAACACAAGUUGGGUUUGCUGUUGUGCAGCAGCUCCCGAUAUCGCCAAGGACUGUGAAGACGACAAAGUUCAUCAAUUUCUGUUUGGUCUUGAUCUUCCUCGCUUCACCAACAUUCGAUCCACCAUUACUAAUCAAGAUCCCCUUCCCUCUCUGAAUCAAGUGUACUUUCGUGUUGUUCGAGAAGAAAAGAAUCUCAAUGAUGCAACUGUGCGUGAAGUUAACAAAACAGAGGGCAUUGGCUUCUCUGUUCAACCGGAGGUAGCUUCCCAGGUUGCCGUCGUGUUUGGUUCAAGAACUCGUGAUCGAUCCACCCUUUCCUGCACUCAUUGUCGUUGCCAGGUUCAUGAUGUUUCUGAAUGCUUUCAACUUCAUGGAUUUCCAGAUUGGUAUUUUGAACAAAAGGGUGGUACUCGUUCCUCCACUUCUGACACUCGUGACGUCUCUGUUCGUGGAAGCAGUGAGUUACGUUCUGCUCAACGUGGUGGCCGUUCAUCUAGAGGUCGUGGUCGUGGUCGUGGUCGGGUGAACAACGCUCGUGCUGCAACAGUCUCCGACAGUAACACAGACCAAAUCACUCAUCUCAUCAGUUUGCUUCAAAGCCAAUGUCCGUCCACCACCUCUGAAAAAUUGUCGGGUAAAACUGAUCUUACUGAUGUGAUUAUUGAUACAGGAGCCUCACAUCACAUGACCGGAGACUGUUCUCUCCUGGUUUAUGUCGUCGACAUCGUUCCGUCCUCUGUGAUGUUUUCUGAUGGUCGUUUAUCUCGAGCUACUAAGUGUGGCUCUCUCCGACUUAGCCCCGCUUAUCUUCUCAAUCAUGUGUUAGUUGUUCCGGAUUUUGACUGCACCUUAAUCUUUGUUUCUAAGUUGUUGAAACAAACUGGUUCUAUAGCAAUCUUUACCGACACUUUGUGUUUUCUGCAGGACCGUUUUUCGAGGAUUUUGAUUGGAGCAGGGGAGGAACGUGAGGGAGUGUAUUAUUUUACCGGUGUGUCAGCUGCGUGUGUGAACAAAGUCUCAUCAGAUGUUUCUGCUUCACCGGCCUUGUGGCAUCGUAGACUAGGGCACCCAUCUACUAGUGUUUUGCUUUCCUUACCAGAAUGUGUACAAUCUCCCAAUGAUUACAUUGUGAUGUAUGGGGUCCUUAUCGUACUCCAUCAACAAGUGGAGUUCGCUAUUUUCUUACAUUAA